ACUAAUAAUUUCUAUUUAUACCAAGACUAUAGCUGUUAUUUUUAUUUAGACAAAGAUUCUGCAAGAUGAGAAUUCUGGCGGUAUUGUUGACGGUAUGUUUGGUGGGACUCUGUCACUGCGGGGGUGAUGAUGGCAAAGGGGCAUUAAAGGGAUCAGUAGGUGGCCAACAACCUACCCCUCAGAAGCUACCACAGGUAAAUGCGCAGCCAGCUGCCAAACCUAAUCAGAAGGCUACUAAAUCAGCUCCCCAGCAAGCUGCUAAACCAGUGACUCCAGUUACUCAGUCAGCUGGACAGGGUGGAGUUACCCUUGCUCAUCCAGACGAGUCCAAGGUAUCUAUAUCUGAGCAAUAUAGUAGCGGAGUAAAGACAAAGAGAUAUACUCCCAAAAGAGGUUUUAAUGUGACAUCUGUUACGCACAACGGUGAGGAGUUAUGGAAGAAAGAUGAAGACUAUAAAAAGUUUAUAUCCGCAGAAGUAUCAUCAAAGGGAGACUCUUCAGUACUUUUAAUUUCUACAAAUACUGGUAUAAAACACUUUAAGAAGGAUGGCAGUAGUUGGACUUCAUCGAAUGAGAAAGAAUAUGAAGAGAAACUAAGGGAAAUGAGGUACACUGACUAACCAGUCUCCUACUUCCCUCUCUCAAGCUUUUUAAUAGUGACUCAUGGUUACUCUUGUUGGUAUACUGGAAUACCAUAAUUAGAUAUCUUGUUCACACUCCACUAGAAUGUGCAUGCUUAAUUAAUGGUAGUCUC